ACAGAGCAGAGUGACGCCACCGGCAUAGUUAUAAUCGGGCUGAGACUACAAAGAGCAAAAAUGACAACCAAAACGACACCGCAUUCUCUCUCUUAACUCAUUGGAUUAGCUGCAGGAGCUGAAGAUGAGCGACGACAGGAUAUCCGGCGGCUGCGUUGCGGUUCGCAGCUUCACGCAUUCAUCGUCUUUCUCUAAGUGCACGCUUUCACACUCGUCGAUUCCUGAUUAUGCAGCUUGUGGCACACCAGCAUGGAGAGGGAAAAACCUCACUUGUGUUUGCUUCAAGCGAAGGGGAAGCCAGACGCGGAUUUGCCUAAAUUUGACACCCUUACAGGAAGAGAGGCUAAAACGGUUGAGACACCGAACUAAAGUUCAGUUUGAUGCCUUGAGAUUUGAACAUCAGGAAGCACUGAGGGCGUUAUGGUCCGCUACGUACCCUGGCGUGGAGCUGCAGAGUUUGAAAUCUGACCAGUGGAAGGAAAUGGGAUGGCAGGGAAAUGAUCCAUCUACAGAUUUCAGAGGGGCAGGUUUCAUUUCAUUGGAGAACUUGCUGUUUUUUGCCAAGACUUUUUCGCUUUCAUUUCAGAGUCUAUUGAGGAAGCAAACAGGCAAAAGGGCAAUGUGGGAGUAUCCAUUUGCUGUUGCUGGUGUCAACAUUACAUUCAUGAUCUUGCAAAUGCUCGACCUCGAUGCUACAAAACCACGAACUUCUAUCAGAGCCGUUUUUCUUCAAAUGUUGUCCGAGAAUGAGUGGGCUUUCGACCUCCUAUACUGCGUAGCAUUCAUGGUUAUGGACAAGCUGUGGCUGGACAAACACGCGACAUACAUGGAAUUCAACGAUAUUCUAAGAUCGACGAGGUCUCAGCUAGAAAGAGAAUUUCUAAUGGAUGAUGUGUUGCUGAUAGAAGACAUGCCAUCCUACAACCUCUUGCGUUGAUCACAGCACACUACUUCCUCUAACCUUUCAUAAUUCUGACCAUCUUAAUGUAAAUGAUAUACCAGUUUUUUCCCAUAAGUUUUUGAACCAAUUUGAUACUCCUACUAACUAGCUAUACUUGUUCAAUGCUCGAGGCCCUCUGCCUGUAAAUAGUGUUUGGCUUUACACUUAUCGAAUCAUGUGUUUGAGACUUGAGUUAUCUUUGGCUAUGGUCCAAAUGGAUCAGUGAAAUUCUCUUCUUAA